GUUUAAUCCAAACAACUCUUCUCUUCUCUCUCUAAUAAUCAAACACAAAAAAAUUAUAGUAGAAUAAUAAUGGAGGUAACCUUGAUUAACGUUGCAACUUCUUUAGUCUGUAUUUUUACAAUAACAUGGAUGUGGAAAGCACUAAAUUGGAUUUGGUUGAAGCCAAAAAUACUAGAAAGAUCCCUUACAAAACAAGGAUUUCGAGGGCAACCUUAUAAGGUAUUGUUUGGUGACACCAAAAAAAUAGCUCAAAUGGUGAAAGAAACCACUUCUAAGCCUAUGGAGCACUUUUCAAAUCAUUACACCCCUCGAAUCUUCCCAUUUCAUCAUCAAACAAUGGAGAACUAUGGAGAAAAAUCGUACUUUUGGAAUGGACCAACACCAACAGUGAUCAUAACAAAACCAGAAGAAAUAAGAGAAAUCAUGUUGAAGAUUUAUGAUUUUCAGAAGACAACAACUCCACUUUUGAAGAGGCUUACAAAUGGCUUAGUAAGGCUGGAAGGCCAGAAAUGGGCACAAGAAAGAAAGCUGCUUAACCCUGCCUUCCAUGUGGAGAAACUAAAGCAUAUGGUGCCAGCAUUUCAUGCGAGUUGUAAUGAGAUGAUUCAAGAAUGGGAGAAGAUGACAUCGAAAACAGGAAGUGAAGAACUAGAAAUGUGGUCAUAUCUACACAAUCUUUCAGCAGAUGCAAUAUCUAGGGCAGCAUUUGGAAGUAGUUUUGGAGAAGGAAAGAGGGUUUUUCAACUUUUAAGAGAACACAUUUCAAUUACUGUUCAAUCCUUGCAGUCAGUUUAUAUUCCUGGGUCCAGGUUUCUUCCAACAAAAACAAACAUUAGGGAGGCAAAAAUCAUCAAGGAAAUGGAAUCUUUAUUAAUAGAUAUGAUCCAAAGGAGGCAAAAGGCAAUGGAGAAUGGAGAAGAAGCUAAAGAUGACUUGUUAGGUUUACUAUUGAAAUCAAACUUAGAAGGAAUACAAGAUGAAAAAAAUAGACAUUAUGUUAAAUUGGGUAUGAAAGAAGUGAUUGAAGAGUGCAAAACGUUCUAUAUUGCUGGACAAGAAACUACUUCUUCAUUGUUAGUAUGGACUCUUAUUAUGCUAAGCAAACACCAAGAUUGGCAAGAACAAGCACGAGAGGAAAUUCUUGCUACAUUUGGCCAUGAUAAACCUAAUAAUGUUGGCUUAAACCAACUGAAAAAGGUGAACAUGAUACUUCAUGAGGUUCUACGAUUAUAUCCACCAGUAUUCAUCCUUAACCGAAAGGUGUGCCGUGACAUGAAAGUAGGAGAUAUGGUUCUACCAGCUGGUGUAGAUGUUACAUUGCAAACUAUAUUUAUCCAUCAUAGUAAACAAAUAUGGGGUUCUGAUGCAAACGAGUUUAAUCCAGAACGAUUUUCACAUGGACUUUUGAAAGCUUCAGGAGGAGAUAUGUGUUUCUUUGCAUUUGGAUGGGGGCCUCGUAUAUGCAUUGGAUCAAAUUUCGCAAUGAUGGAAGUUAAAAUGGCUUUGGCAAUGAUAUUGCAACGCUUCUCCUUAGAACUCUCACCAUCUUACGCUCAUGCUCCUAUGAUAGGGCGUGGAACUCUUCAACCUCAAUUUGGUGCUAACUUGGUAUUACACCGUAUCUAAAGAUAAUACACAAAUUGUUAUAUGCGUCCGGCCACACGGGGAGUUAUAGAUGUGGCCGCGAUAAUAAGUAUUGUUUUCGUUCGUGUAAUUGUAAGUAUUAGAAAUUGAGCUAGUCUUGCGUAGACCUGUUUUAUUUCAUAAUAUUGUAUUAGUUUGUGAUUAGAGCUCCCAAUAUGUAUGUCAACAAUAAUCCAAGUUACAUAGUGGAGUGAUCAUGAUGGAGAUGAUCCAAUAAUAAUAAAUGUAACUAUAUAUACUUUAUACAAGAUUUUUAUUUUUUAUAUAUAAUAUCAUUGCAUAUUUGUGAUUGA